AUGAAUACUAUAUUUAUAUGGAUAUUUUGUAUUGGUCUUGGUUUAAUCGGUUUAUUUGUUUUCGGAUUUCUUGAUAUUUGUCUUCAUAUCCUGUUAAAUUUUGCAUAUAAUAGGCAUAAGAAACUUCGUCGUCAACAACGUCCAUCACGUAUAUUUCUUGUUCGCCAUGGUGAAUCACAAGCAAAUGCUGAUACAACAUUAUAUGCUCGUAUGGCUGAUCAUCGAAUUGAAUUAACAGAAAAUGGUCAUGAACAAGCAGUCGAAGCUGGUAAAAAAUUACGUUCAAUUAUUGGUAAAGAAUCAGUUUAUGUUUAUAUGAGUCCAUAUAAACGUUCGAAACAAACUUGGGCAAAUAUUCGAAAAGCUUUUUCACCAUUACAAAUUAUAACUGAACGUGAAGAUCCACGUAUACGUGAACAAGAAUUUGGUAAUUUAGCUGAUUUAGCAACUCGACCAAAAGAAUUUGAACAACAAAAACAUAUUGGACAUUUUUUCUAUCGCUUUUCUUCCGGAGAAAGUGGAGCUGAUGUAUAUGAUCGUGUUUCAUUAUUUCUUGAUACAUUAUUUCGUGAAUUAGAUAAUGGACAUCAUGAUCCAACACAAAAUAUUCUUAUUGUUUCACAUGAACUUUUUAUGCGUUUAUUUCUUAUGCGUUAUUUUCGAUGGACUACUCAUGACUUAGAUAAUUUAAAAUCAUUUCAUAAUUGUGAAAUAGUGGAACUUAAAAAAGUUGAUGGUGUCUAUACGCUUGAUGGCCGAACAAAACCUCCAACAAAAACAUCAUAA